AUGGCUGCUGAGAACUCCUCCGUGACGGAGUUUAUCCUCGCAGGCUUAACUGCCCAGCCGGGUCUCCAGCUCCCUCUCUUCUUCUUGUUUUUAGGUUUCUAUAUGGUUACUGUGGUGGGGAACCUGGGCCUGAUCACCCUGAUUGGACUGAACUCUAACUUGCACACCCCCAUGUACUUUUUCCUCUAUAACUUGUCCUUCAUAGAUUUUUGCUAUUCUACUGUUAUCACUCCCAAAAUGCUGAUAAGCUUUAUUUCAAAGAAGAAUGUCAUCUCCUAUGCAGGCUGUAUGACCCAGCUCUUCUUCUUUCUUUUCUUUGUCGUCUCUGAAUCCUUCAUCCUGUCAGCGAUGGCCUAUGACCGCUACGUAGCCAUCUGUAACCCAUUGGUGUAUAUGACCACCAUGUCUCCCCAAGUCUGCUUGCUUCUAUUGUUGGGUGUCUACAUGAUGGGGUUUGCUGGGGCCAUGGCCCACACAGCAUGUAUGCUGAGACUGACCUUCUGCGCCAACAAUCUGGUUGAUCACUACAUGUGUGACAUCCUCCCUCUUUUGGAGCGCGCUUGUAGUAGUACCUACAUAAAUGAGCUGGUUGUUUUUAUUGUUGUGGGUAUUGAUAUUGGUGUCCCCACAGUUACCAUCUUCAUUUCUUAUGCUCUCAUCCUCUCCAGCAUUCUCCGCAUCCGCUCCACCGAGGGCAGGUCCAAAGCCUUCAGCACCUGCAGCUCUCACAUCAUGGCGGUAUCUUUUUUUUUUGGGUCAGGGGCAUUCAUGUACCUCAAGCCAUCCUCUCUUUUACCUAUGAACCAGGGGAAAAUAUCCUCCCUGUUCUAUACCAUUGUGGUGCCCAUGCUUAACCCACUAAUCUACAGUCUGAGGAAUAAGGAUGUCAAAGUUGCUCUGAGGAAAACCUUGAGCAAAGUACCAUUCCUCUGA